AUGUUAGGCGUUCCGAGGAAGCCUCCAAGAGUUGUAACUGUUAGAGGGCGGAAGGAAAAUUACAAAUGGAAAGUCAAGAUUAAAGGUGGGAAGAAGACAAUGGAGUCUUAUAUAAUAACUGACCCUAAUGGCAAUCCUAUAUGGGACUUUGAAGCCACUAUCGAAAUCGUUGAUGUUUCUCAGCCUGUUGUGAUUAAAGUCACAGAUUCAGAUAAUCACCAUAUUGGCCAGGUCGUAAUUCCUUUAAUACAAAUUGAGGAACGUCCGGCUGGUUUGACUUCAAAGCCUGCAACUGAUGCUAACCUAAGAGUUGCUGAGUUGGAACCCACCAAAAAAAUCUCCCAGGUGUAUGGUUCGAUUUACUUUUGGAUUUGGGCGGAGUCAUUUUAUGAUGACGGUGCCCCAGAAAAAAGCUCUCGAUCUUCUAUAAUGGGCUCCGAACGAUUACAUCGUAGUGCUUCAAAACUAUCUUCUCAUCUUCAUCGGCAUCGGGACAAAGAUGACGGUGCUUCUGUAACUGGCAGUACGCUGAGUAUGUACUCGACGUCGGGAGAGAAAAAGAAGCAUUGGUACAACAAGAAUCCCAUUAAGCACAUUCACGAAAAACACGGAAGUGGUUCUUCGCGUUUGGGAACAAAACAGGGGAGUGAAAUUGGCUACAGUAUGUCACAGUCAAUGGGUUCGUUAUUCAACAUGGAAAAUGAUCGCGCAUCACUUGCUGGAAGAGACAGUAAUGUUCUUGAUGGUCAGUCUGCCAAUGGAAGUGAGUUGUACGGAAGUCCUGGCAACAAACACGCGAAAAUGCCUCCAGCUCCGAACUCAUUUACACGAGUUGGAAGUAAUCGAAGAAUGGCACGACCACCCUCUUCUGGAAGUGAACUGAGCAGCAAUAUGGAAGCACCCAGGAAGCCUAGUGUCCCUUCGGAGCGACCCAAAAAGUCUCCACAACAACAAACGCUAGCUCAGGUUGCGUCUAAAAGAAGUACACCACCUCUCGACUCCUCGGAUGAAGGAGAAGAGGUCUCCACGCAGCCGCCUGCCGCCUCCUUAUCGCCUCCUUCAUCUCAGCCCCCAGAUCCGCCUUGUUUGUUGUCACUCUCACCCUCGCGUGGAUCGCCUGCUGCGGAAACCGUGGUUUAUAUUUACGGAAAGAAUCUGAGUGAAUCGACGAUGCGACACGCUGUUUUACUCGUUGAUGACUAUACCGUGGCGAGCUACAAGUGGAGUGUGAGUCAGGGCAGUUGGUCUGAAGAACCCGAAGCCACGCACAGGCUGACGCUUCGAAUGCCGCCUAAAAAGGAUUCCGCGGGCAGCAGCCAGGUGUGGAUUGACGUAGAGACCAUGGGACAUGGGCGCUUGCGGUGCCCUAAGCCGUUUGUCUACGAAGCAGAGCAAAGCCCACCUCCAGGCGGUAAUUCAGCGAAUCAACCAAUCGCCACUGACUUCGUUCGCAACUCGAGCAUUCGCCUUUCGGACACACGCACGCGGCGCGGUGCUCACAGGCCAACCGAAGCUGGACCCCUCAAGUCCACGAGUCCGCCCACCUCGGAGCUUGGUGGCUUCACUCGCAACUCGAGUAUCCGCCUCUCGGACACGCGGUCGCGACGCAGCCUUCGCGGCGGCAAGGCGCCUCCACCGCUGCCCUCGUACGGCGAACUGCCCCUCAGCGCUGGCAACCGUUCCUCCGGUCUGGGCUCCGAGGAGUCCUUCAGCGAAGCCACCGCCAACACCGCUGUCGCCUCCGGCGAAGCUAACUUGGCUGACGUGCGCAUAACCUCAAUAGUCGACGCCGAAGUGGUCAUUGAUAAGUUAAAGAGCGAGAUCACUGAGUUGUCGUCUGAGUUGUCGCGCAAGUCAGAGGAUGUUGAUCGCAUCAGCUCGGAUCUCUGUCGACUGCGAACGCGCCUACUUGAGGACGGCAUGCUUAAACCUGAAGCGAGCGCUGAGGCGACGAGGAAUGCAUCGACUGCUGGCUCAGAUCGCCCAGUUAACGUGGUUGAACAACCAAUCGGUUUAAAGCCUGUCAUCAGUGAGGUAACCGCACUGCCAGUGCCUCAGCGACUCAACACAGUCAUUGAAGAGGAAUCAGUCGGGGUGUCUUCAGAUGUUGACGAUGAUUACGCCUCGCGAGGGACCAACUCCGGGGAGAAGGAACUGCCUCCAGCUCCAGGCGUGUCUGCCGACAGCGAUGUGGACGAGGUCCUGGUCAUCGCACCGAAGAACUCUCCAAAGCCAGCCAUCUUUGAAGCCCAACCCGAGGUCGAAACGUCGAAGCAGCGGUCACCUAGCCCAGUCACUACAACCUCGCGCGAGGAACCCAAGAUGGAGGCCGUCUCGAAGGUCCAGACCCUGUCGACAUCCGACAACGAGGGAGCGCGCGGACCUCCAGUCCAUGGUUUAUAUACACAUGACUCUGAGGUAGCGAAACAGGAACGUCCAGACCCCAUCGGCGGCAACAACCUGGCCCACAGUCGGCCCUACGAGGAGAAGGCGCCACCUAAGCACUCCAUGGAAGACGUGGAAGAGGAUGAAGAAGAAGAAGAGGAUGAGAGCAGUGAUAGCGGGACCUCUGUUGACAACGAGUCCGACUCUGCCAGAGGCGACAGUCUCUUGCCAACGGUCGAAGAGAACUACUCGGUGCCGCAGUCAAGGCCGCGCAUUCUCUGCAUUGAUCCACAGCGUGGGUCCACCACCGGUGAAUACGAAGUCUGCCUGUACGGCGUCGGCCUGGACGAGGAGGUGAUGCGUCACGCGCAGGUCCUUAUCGACGUCUACACCGUACCACAACAGAACUGGCGCGUCGUGGCUGGGGUCUGGCCCAGCGUGGAUCCGCAGGCGACGCACUGUCUGCGCGUUCGUGUCCCCCCGAUGCCCGCCGGCGAGGCUUGGUUCGAGGUGGAGACGAUGAGUCGGGGACGCCUCCACUGCCCUGAACCCUUCGUCUUCCAGACGGGCUUCUCAGUGAAGCACUCGAUGCGUGGAAUGGGCGGUGGAGUGAGUAAGGAAAACCAACCUCCAGCCUCCACCACCACCACCGCGCAACAUCAGCCCGCACCAUCAUUCGCCGACUUCAAGUACACACCGCAGACGGACAAGGAGCCCGCUGUGCCGCCCCUGAAGCCCCAGUUGGCGUCUCUGCAGCGCCAAACUCCCGGUACCCACGACAACCUCGAUGCUGCGAAGAUGGAGAUAGCGAGUCUGUACGGCGAAAUUUCCCGUCUCAAACUCGAGCUCCAAUCGAAGUCUGCGGACGAGGCGCGCGUCGCUCGAGACCUCUGUCUACUGCGAACGCGCCUCCUCGAGGACGGACAGCUCAAGUACCUGGAAAAGUGCUAA